AAACAAAGCUAUUAAUUGACAGCUACAAAAUUAUAUUUUUGACAAGUAUCCCAGUCUAGCCGAAAAAAGAAAAAUUGAAGACAAGAGAAUCGACUAAUCGAGUCACUCAAAAAACUUUUACGGGCCAUACAACAAGAUUGAAAUUCUUCAAUUGAAAUAAAUGCAACAAAUAAUUUACCUCGAUUGACUUGAAUUUUCUGUGAUUCCUCCACAAAUUAGUGCCCGUUUUAUACUCAUUGUCGUCGCAAUCUAGGAUAUAUACCUACCUAUCCUACCCAGACAGAAGGAUGUCGAAAAACAAGUUAAACCUUACUUUGCCACCAGGAUCUGUGGACUCGACAGCCCAGCAGGUGGUACCAACACCUCCUUUUAAGACUCCAUCCGGCACCGAAAAACAUAGUUUGCUGGGGAAACCAAAGACUAGCAUUGAAGCUCUUACCGAGACUCUUGAGGAACUGGAAAUGGACGAUACCGCACGGAAGCGCAUCAAAGUAUUCCUAAGCCAAAAGGAAAAAAUCGGUGAACUGAGUGACGAAGACUUGGAGAAGCUGGGUGAACUAGGAUCCGGCAACGGUGGUGUUGUAAUGAAAGUCCGACACAUUCCAACUCAACUAAUAAUGGCCCGCAAAUUGAUACACCUCGAAGUGAAACCGGCUAUUAAAAAACAAAUCAUCAGAGAGUUAAAAGUUCUGCACGAAUGCAACUUCCCGCACAUUGUUGGUUUUUACGGUGCUUUCUACAGUGAUGGUGAAAUAAGUAUUUGUAUGGAGUACAUGGAUGGUGGGUCUCUUGAUCUCAUAUUAAAACGAGCGGGUCGAAUACCAGAGUCAAUUUUGGGCAAGAUUACUUUAGCUGUGCUAAAGGGAUUAAGCUACUUGCGUGAUAAGCACGCUAUUAUGCACAGAGACGUUAAACCCAGUAAUAUAUUGGUUAAUAGCAGUGGCGAAAUAAAGAUCUGUGAUUUUGGAGUUUCUGGUCAAUUGAUUGAUUCAAUGGCGAACUCUUUUGUGGGAACGCGUAGUUACAUGUCGCCGGAACGACUGCAAGGUACGCAUUAUUCCGUACAGUCAGACAUCUGGUCACUGGGAUUGUCGUUAGUUGAAAUGGCCAUUGGUAUGUAUCCCAUUCCCCCGCCAGAUGCGAAUACUCUCAAAGCAAUAUUUGAUGAAAACACGGACGAAGGUAGCCAGGCAACAGUUGAACCAAAAAAUAUGGCAAUUUUCGAACUAUUAGAUUACAUAGUUAAUGAACCUCCUCCCAAAUUAGAGCAUAACAUCUUCACCGAGGAUUUCAAAAACUUUGUGGACAUAUGCCUUAAGAAAAAUCCAGAUGAGAGAGCUGAUCUUAAAACACUUUUGAAUCAUGCAUGGAUUCGAAAAGCUGAAGUAGAAGAGGUCGAUAUUGCUGGUUGGGUUUGCAAGACCAUGGAUUUACCGCCAUCAACACCAAAGAGAAACACAUCACCCAAUUGAUUCUCUUUCCAUCAUGUAGCUUUAAACUAGAAACUAUCUUUCAUUCUUCUUUGUUGUAAAUCUAAUUUGCUCUUUUGAUUAAUUAAUUCAGUCAGCGUAUUAUGUUAUUUUUAUAGAUAUUCAGCAAAAAACACUCAUUAAAUAAAUUAAGAGA